AGCAGGAUUUCCACAGUGUGGACUUGAAAAGAGUUUGGGAGCAGAGCGGAAGUGACUCUCCGUGAGGAAUAACCUAAGUGUGUGUGUGUCGGCUGGACGGUGAUGUGGUCUCGGUGCUUGACGAGGGUCCGGGUCCCGGGACUCGGACCUGCGGCUCCCCGGGGAGGUUUGCAGCGGGUCCCCGGGAGGAGGGAGCAGACACGGGCUGCCAGCGGAGAGGCUGACCUGAUGAAGACUCCACUCUUUGACUUCCACCGGGCCCAGGGGGGGAAGAUGGUGGACUUUGCAGGGUGGAGCAUGCCGGUCCAGUACAAAGACAGCCACAUCGCCUCGCACAUGCACACCAGAGAGCACUGCUCCAUCUUUGAUGUCAGCCACAUGCUGCAGACCAAAGUCCACGGCAAGGACAGAGUGACGUUCAUGGAGUCUCUGGUGGUUGCAGACAUUGCUGAGCUCAAGGACAACCAGGGCACGUUGACCCUCUUCACCAACGAGAAAGGAGGGAUCAUGGAUGACCUCAUAGUGACAAGGACUGACCAGGGUUACCUUUACGUUGUCUCCAACGCGGGCUGUGCAGACAAGGACUCGACUCAUAUGAAGGCCAAACUAGCGGAGUUCAAAGCUGCAGGUCAUGAUGUGGAUCUAGAGUUUCUUGAUGAAGCGCUCAUUGCUCUGCAAGGUCCGACCAUGUCUCGGGUUCUUCAGGAAGGUCUGAAGGAUGACCUCAGCAAACUCACCUUCAUGAGCUCUGCGCUGGCCACCGUCUUCGGUGUUCCUCACUGCCGGGUCACACGCUGUGGAUACACCGGUGAGGACGGGGUGGAGAUAUCCAUUCCUCGGUCCAGAGUGGUCGAGCUGACGGAGAAGCUGCUGACCAACGCUGAGGUAAAGCUCGCCGGUCUGGGAUCCAGGGACAGUCUUCGGCUGGAGGCGGGGCUUUGUCUCUACGGCAACGACAUAGAUGAGACCACCACGCCUGUGGAGGCCUCCCUCCUCUGGACGAUAGGAAAGCGCAGGCGUCAGACCAAAGAUUUCCCUGGUGCUGACAUCAUCAUACCUCAGAUCAAAGCCAAGACGGCCAGAAAGAGAGUCGGCCUGGUGUCCACCGGCCCCCCGGUCAGACAGCACACACCCAUCCUCGGCCCCGAUGGAAAAGUUAUAGGUGAAGUUACCAGCGGGUGCCCGUCUCCCUGCCUCAAAAAGAACGUUGCCAUGGGUUACGUGGAUGCAAAGUUCGCCAAGAAUGGAACCGCCAUCCAUGUUGAAGUCAGGAAGAAGGCAGUGCCGGCCACCGUCAGCAAGAUGCCAUUUGUCCCCACCAACUACUACUCUGGAUAGGAGACACACGCGAGUAGCUUCACCGUGGAGAGUCGCGUCUGAUUCCUUACCAAUGUCGCCACCUGCUGUUUGUUUGUAGCAAUGCAAAAACCAGUACAAUAUGUACAAAUCCUCAUCUUUGAGGGAAGAAAAUAUCACCAAAAUGCUAAAAUGUCUAUCGCACACUGAAGCAUGUGUGCUGCACAGCUGGGAUUAGUCAUAUUAAAUGUAAAAGAUCCAUAGAAAAUAUGGUAUCAUUCGGGAACAUGUUGGGAAGACUGAACAGAACAGAAAAGCACAUUUUAAUCCGUCGCUGUAUACAGUCGGGCAGUAUUGGUUGAGAGUGUCAGAGCUGCAUUACCUUGGUUUCACCUGUGGAUGGACAUGAUGUAAAUCUGGUGCAGUUUACAGAUGAGCUGCCUGGAAUUAAUUAUAAGCAGCAUUAUUGCAUUUUUGUGGGAGGUUUUUUACGUACACUACAAGUUGAGCUUAACCAGGUUGCAGUCAAAUAAAAAAAGACUGCUUAUGGAUCUACUUAAGACUAAUAUUUGAUUAACUCUUUAAUGUAGAUUAUUGAUUGUUUCUAAUAGAAUAUAUUAAUGUCUAACUGUUGGACCAAAUAAUAAAAAAGUCCAAAUGGAUGUAAAAUCUUUGCUUUUGUGCAUCAUACUGUAUGUUCUCCAAGGUUGUCUUGUUACCGCUAAACCAAAUUCACAGUGUUAUUGUAAACAGUUCAAGUGUGAUUACUGGGUCUGUUUCUUAUCAUUCCAACUCAAAACAAAAUCCUUUUCUGAUGUUUUAUACCUAAUUAUGACAUUUAAGUUUAUGUGUUCAUUUGAUUUAUACCUUGAAGGUGCAUUACUACUGUAUGUGAGAAGUUUAGACUUUCAUGUUUUGCUGAAUGUUUAUGAGAACAUUUUAAAUAACAUUUAGAAACUCUAUUAAUAAAGGAUAUUUCCUCAUUA